GGGCAAAUUUUGAAAGAAUGAUUUCUGAAUGAGUUGCUUAACUAGUAUAUCGAAAUGAGACCAAUGAAGAUCCUUUUGCCCAGGAGGAAGACCGCUGGUCGCAAUGCCCUGGACAAUCUUUAUACAAGUUGCUACUUUCAGUCUCAUACAAUUUUGCUUGUUCAGCCUACCAAGCGGCCAGAGGGCAGGACUUAUGCUGAUUAUGAAUCUGUGAAUGAGUGCAUGGAAGGAGUCUGUAAAAUGUAUGAAGAACACCUGAAGAGAAUGAAUCCUAACAGCCCUUCAAUAACAUAUGAUAUUAGCCAGUUAUUUGAUUUCAUUGAUGAUUUGGCUGACCUUAGCUGCCUUGUUUAUCGUGCUGAUACUCAGACAUACCAGCCCUACAAUAAAGACUGGAUAAAGGAGAAGAUCUAUGUCCUCCUCCGCAGACAAGCUCAGCAAGCAAGCAAAUAAUGAGACGUCAUGAUUGACGGGGGCUUUGAGGGAGGGUUUGGACAACAGGUGUGUACAGCGUGCUGUAGUGGAAGUUUUGUAUUGUAGUCCUGUUCAUUCUUGUUAGUCUGUAUCUGGCACGGAAUCUUUUUAGAAUUAUGAGGGACUUCCUCAGUUUUACUUUGCAGAAGAAAUGCCUUCUGCAGGUAUUUAGUUUCCUUUUCUCUCUGCUUAGAUAAAAGUUCUAUUUUUGUUCAAAACCCCCAGAAUUGUUUGCAUCUGCUUCAUCACACUUGCUGUAUGUACCCCUCUCUGUGGGUUUUUGAUAUUAUUAUUUGGAGCAGUCUGUCUUUGUGGAGAAUGAAAUAAAUGCUCUUUAGUUA